CUAUUUCCCAUUCAAGUCUUCGAAGUGUCUUUGUGAAGUUGAUCUCCAGGUGUCGUGUUUGUGCAAUCUUUGUUACUGAUUCAAGAUGACUUCCAAACGUGUGUCACCUCAGCGUGUUCGCUCAUCAUCGAAACGUUCUAAGACCUCCGAUGUGUUGUAUGAAACUCCUGGUGAACCUUCUCCAAUGUCGCAAGUGUUGCCGCCGCCUCCACCAGUUGUGGUCUUUGAUAUGGACUCUGUGAUUCCGCCAUCGCCUGAGCCUGUUUACACUAAGGAAGAUUCGAUAACCCCUGACGACUGGUACGACAAAGCCAUUAACCAAACUCUGGUCGACGUCGCCGAGAAAGUUGAGAAGAACGAGACUGAGAGAAUGGAGCGACAGAUGACUAACGAGAGGUACCGCCUAAUCCAUGAGACUGUUUACCCCAUUACAAAGUCCGGCAGUAAAUUUCUUUCGGUUGGAGUUAAGCCUUUUGCUGAUUACGCCCCCACUUUGAAGAUUUAUAAUCCUGAAUACACAGCCGCUAUUUGUUUUACAGUCGAGACUUUUGAAGAUUUUUUAAAUCAAAUGGAGAAGAAAAGAAAUGAGAUGAUCUCUAUUCCAGAGGGUCAAAUAUUAUGUAUGUUGAGUGAUUAUGUUGUUGUAAUGUGUAAGCGUCAAAUUUUACAAUUUUUACCGUGUAGUACAACUGUGUACAAAUCAUUAUUUUUGUCUUGUGAUACUGUGAACGUUGUUUUAAAUAUGGGUGAACAUUUGAUGAGUCUCCUUCAUUCUAGAAGACUCCAGUAUAAAUUCUAUCCUUGUUAUCAAAAAUUUAUAAACCAAGUAGCAUUAGAAGUGAUGGAAAAAUGUAGUGAGGAUUUUAAUCAAAAAUUGUUUGAUGUAAUUAAAAAUAGUUAUGACGAAAAUGGUACACUCUAUGAAAUUGUAUUGAAAUUGCCUGUAAAUAUUAAACACGAUGUUGAUGCUAGGAUUAAGUAUUAUAGAGAGCACAACGAUUAUGAUUGUUUGUAAUAAAUAAAUAAACAAUAAAUACGUUUAAAAUAUUUUUCUUUUUUCCCAUACCUAUGUAAAACCAGACGACAACCAUUAAGCGAUUAAAAUUGUGAAAGCCGACAAAAAGCCUAAAUGUCUAGACUCAAAAACAUUUCUACUUU